AUGUCGUACAUGCUACCGCAUUUAAGUAAUGGAUGGCAAGUUGAUCAGGCGAUCCUUGCCGAAGAAGAUCGAGUUGUUUUAAUUCGAUUUGGUCAUGAUUGGGAUCCCAGUUGCAUGCGUAUGGAUGAGACAUUGUACAAAAUCGCCAAUAAAGUUAAAAAUUUCGCCGUAAUUUAUUUAGUGGAUACAACGGAGGUUCCAGAUUUCAAUAAAAUGUAUGAACUGUACGAUCCGUGUACAGUAAUGUUUUUCUUUCGAAACAAACAUAUUAUGGUCGAUUUAGGUACCGGCAAUAAUAAUAAGAUAAAUUGGCCAAUUACUGAUGGACAGGAGCUGAUUGAUAUUCUAGAAACUGUUUAUCGUGGUGCUAGAAAAGGACGUGGUCUCGUAAUUAUGGCAGACCGUUUAACUCAGUUGCAAGAUUUAGUGAAUGAUUUAGCCAAUCUUAUGUGCAAUUCUAUUGGUGUUUUACAACUUGUUGCCCCUCCAUGCGAUUUUAAUACGACAUCAAAACAACUGGAAAACGAUGAAAAUUGCAAUAUUUUUGCGAUGAACAUCGCUCAUACAGCAAAAGAUAUCGAAAUUCUAAUUGAUUCUUUGCCGAUUGAUGAACCAUCGACAAAUAAUGCAGAAGCUGAGGCUGAAUUUGCACGCAUCGAUGAACAAAGGAAUCGAGCUGCGCGUGAAUUAGAAAGUUCAGUAGCUGAAGGGGAAGAACUUAUUUCUCAAAUACAACAAAGAUUAUCGGAAAUUGCACGGAUUCAGAUCGAAUCAAGGCCUAAAGUUUAA